UCAAUCAUGGUCCAAAAUGGAUGGCAUUAGUAUGCAGCAGAGCUGGUAACUGUGAGGCAGGAAAAGGAGAAACCGAUUUUAUCAGGACUGGCUGCUCCUGCAGCCCGGAGAGCACAGGGAACCAUGCCUUCUCCGCACCUCUCCCUGAAUCCCCAGGCCAGGUUUGAUUCCAAGUGGUUGAAGACGGAUUUGCAGCGUGCAUUCUCUCCAGGUGGCUUGUGUGAGCUGUGGAAUGAGAUGGUCAAAGAUGGAGAAAUUACCUGCAAUGGGGAGGAGUCGGCACAAGCAGAGGACAACGGAGACUGUCUCGGCAGCCAGAGGAAGGACGAGUCAAAUGACAAAGAGAAGAAAGAGGAAGAGGAGGCAGCAGCAUCUGUCCAUCACUCCAUUAUAGAGACAUGGGACUGGGGCAGACAGCCAGAUGUGAAUGAGCUGAAAGACUGCUUGCAUGUACUGGUGGAUGACCAGCAGAAAUUGGCUGGCCGCACUGCCAAAACCACCCUAUCAGCGGUGCGACUGAGGCAGAGGCUGGUUAUCCUGGAGCGCUAUCUGAUGGCACUGAGCCGCAGCGUUCGCCACGACAAGUUUAAAGCCAGAUGGAAGAGUUCCGCCAGUGUGCCUUUACCUGCCGCAGACAAGAAAAGCGCCCGCCCGGUUGGAAAGGGUGUAGAGGGGCUGGCCAGAGUGGGGUCCAGAGCAGCACUUUCCUUUGCAUUCGCAUUCCUUCGGAGAGCAUGGAGGUCAGGUGAGGACGCAGACCUGUGUAGUGAGUUGCUGCAGGAGUCUCUGGAUGCACUUCGCGCUCUCCCCGAGGCGUCUCUGUUCGAUGAGGGAACAGUGUCUUCCGUGUGGCUGGAGGUGGUGGAGAGAGCAACCAGAUUCCUAAGCGAUGUUCAUGGAGCUUCAAGUACCAAGGGGGCAGGAAACAUUCCACUCCAGGACCAGCACUUGGCACUAGCAAUCCUGCUGGAGCUCUCCGUGCAGAGGGGGACGCUAAGUCAGCUGCUGUCUGCGGUCUUGUUGCUGCUGCAGCUGUGGGACAGUGGAUCCAGGGAGACGGAUAAUGAAAGAUCUGCCCGGGGCACCAGCGCUCCUCUCCUGCCUCUCUUGCAGAGGUUUCAGAACAUACACUGCUGCAAAGACUCCCCCAGCACCGAGGAGGAGGUGCAGAUCCUGACAUCACCCCUAAGCCCCAAUGAGAGCUUUCUCCGGUAUCUGACUUUACCCCAGGACAAUGACCUGGCUAUAGACCUGCGGCAGACUGCGGUGGUAGUCAUGGCUCACCUCGAUCGCCUGGCAGCACCCUGCAUCCCACCGCAAUGCAGCUCUCCAACAUCACACAAGGGCUCUUUGCAGGAGGUGAUCGCUUGGGGCAUGGUGGGAUGGAAACCUCAUGUCAAUGUCAGCAGUCCUGUCCAAUGUAAAGCUCUAGCAAACCUGGGAGUUGCCCAGAUCGUCUGCUCUGAGAAAAGCUUCCUCAUCUUAUCGAGGAAUGGAGGAGUCUAUAAUCAAAACUACAAGAGCGAUUCCUUGGCGCCGGUGUUGGUUCAGGGUCUUGCUUCAAAGAAGAUCCUGAGAAUCGCAGCCCACCCCGAUGGGCAGCACUACCUGGCUUUGUCGUCUGCUGGAGAGGUCUUCUCUUGGGGCUGUGGAGAUGGAGGUCGGCUGGGACAUGGAGAUACCGCAUACUUGGAAGAGCCAACGGUGAUCGCUGCUUUUUCUGGAAAGCAGAGUGGAAAGCAAGUAGUUCACAUUGCAUGUGGGAGUACCUACAGUGCUGCUAUUACUGUGGAUGGAGAGCUGUACACCUGGGGGAGAGGGAACUACGGCAGACUGGGACACGGUUCAAGUGAAGACCAGACCACACCCAUGCUUGUAACAGGGCUGAAAGGACUGAAGGUCAUUGAUGUAUCUUGUGGAAGUGGGGAUGCUCAGACACUUGCAGUGAGCGACAAUGGUCAGGUGUGGUCUUGGGGAGAUGGAGACUAUGGAAAGUUAGGAAGAGGAGGGAGCGAUGGGUGUAAAACACCAAAGUUAGUGGAAAAGUUACAAGACUUGGACAUUGUGAAAGUCUGUUGUGGGAGUCAGUUCUCUGUCGCUUUAACAAAAUACGGACAGGCUUAUACUUGGGGCAAAGGGGAUAACCAGCGCCUUGGCCACGGGACAGAGGAGCAUGUCCGAUACCCAAAGUUACUGGACAGUUUGCAAGGCAAGAAGGUGAUUGAUAUUACAGUGGGAUCUACCCAUUGCUUAGCGCUUACUGAUGAUGGGGAAGUGCAUAGCUGGGGAAGCAAUGACCAGUGCCAGCAUUUCGACACCCUGUGCUUAAACAAAAAGGAACCGUCCGCUCUGCCAGGGCUGAAUUCCAAACACAUUGUCGGAAUAGCCUGCGGCCCUGCACAGAGUUUUGCCUGGUCCUCCAGUUCCGAGUGGUCGGUCGGUCUGCGGGUGCCGUUUGUCGUGGAUGUGUGCCCCGUGACCUUUGAACAGCUGGACCUGCUGCUUCGGCAGGUGAGCGAGGGUCUGGACGGCAGCUCGGACUGGCCCCCGCCUCAGGAGAAGGAAUGCAUGGUGGUAGCGGCACUGAACCUACUGAGGCUGCAGCUUCAUGCUGCUAUCAGUAACCAGGUAGACCCCGAAGUCCUUGGAUUCGGGUUAGGCAGUGUGUUACUGAACAGCCUGAAACAGACUGUGGUGACGUUAGCAAGCAACGCUGGGGUCCUUGGCACAGUGCAGUCUGCAGCCCAGGCAGUGCUACAGAGUGGUUGGUCAGUGCUGCUCCCCACAGCUGAGGAGAGAGCAAGAGCACUGUCUGCUCUCCUACCCAACGCAGUUUCAGGCAAUGAAAUGAGUGUCAGUGCUGGUCGGCGGUUUAUGAUUGAUCUCUUGGUGAGCAGUCUGAUGGCAGACGGAGGCUUGGAAUCUGCACUGAAUGCUGCAAUUACAGCAGAAAUUCAGGACAUUGAAGCUAAGAAGGAAGCUCAGAAAGAAAAGGAAAUAGAUGAGCAGGAAGCCAGUGCAUCCACGCUUCAUCGAAGCAGAACUCCUCUUGAUAAGGAUCUCAUAAACACUGGCAUCUAUGAGUCUGCGGGGAAGCAGAGCCUACCACUGGUGCAACUUGUCCAGCAAUUACUGAGGAAUAUCGCCUCUCAGACGAUCGCCAGAUUGAAAGGUGUGGCCCGCCGCAUUUCCAGCUGCCUGGAUGCUGAGCAGUUCAGCAAGGAGAGGUCUGCCUCCCUGGACCUGCUGCUGAGGUUUCAGCGGCUGCUGGUCAGUAAGCUGUAUUCUGGCAUGAAUGGGCCCCAGCUGACAAACGGAUACAGCCCUGAGCUUUUGGGAGUGGGCUCCUUGCUGAAGAAGUAUAUUGCACUUCUGUGCACUCACAUUGGAGACAUAUUGCCUGUGGCCACCAGCAUUGCCUUCAUCAGUCACAGGCAUUUUGCAGAGGUGUCCCGAAUUAUAGAGGGAGAUCUGACAGGGGUGCUGCUUCCUGAGCUGGUGGUGAGCACAGUGCUGCUGCUCACUAAGAACGCAGGGUUGAUGCAGGAGACUGGAGCCAUCCCCUUACUGGCAGGCCUGCUGGAGCCCCUGGACAGAUUCAAUCACCUGGCUCCGGGGAGAGAGAGAGACGACAACGAAGACCUGGCCUGGCCGGGGAUUAUGGGUUCAUUCUUCACAGGACAGAGCUCGAGGAAUAACGAGGAAAUCUCGUUAAUCCGCAAAGCAGACUUGGAAAACCACAACAAGGACGGGGGCUUCUGGACAGUGAUUGAGGGCAAGGUGUACGAUAUUAAAGACUUCCAGGCACAGUCCUUGACGGGGAACAGCGUUCUGGCCCAAUUUGCAGGAGAGGACCCUGUUAUUGCCUUAGAAGCGGCCCUCCAGUUUGAAGACACCAGGGCCUCCAUGCAGGCUUUUUGUGUUGGCCAGUACAUGGAGCCUAACCAGGAGACUGUCAACACUCCUGACCUGGGAAGCCUGUCCUCUCCUCUGAUGGACACAGAGAGAAACCUGGGCCUUCUGCUGGGGUUACAUGCAUCUUACCUAGCAAUGAGCACACCACUGUCUUCCAUGGAGAUGGAAUGUGCCAAGUGGCUUCAGUCUUCCAUUUUCUCUGGAGGGCUGCAGACCAGCCAGAUCCAUUACAACUACAACGAAGAAAAGGAUGAAGACCACUGUAGCUCACUGGGCUCCUCCACCCCAGACAAAUCCAAACUGUACUCACGCCGCCUCACCCUGAGCGACCACUCCCAGCCCUUUCUGCAAGCCAUCGCUGAUAACAACAUACAGGAUCACACUGUCAAGGAUUUUCUCUGUCAGAUUGAGCGCUGUUGCAAACAGUACCACCUCAUCACACCCAUCAUCUUCCCCCUUGAGCACCCUGUGGAAGAAGUGGGCCGGCUGCUGCUCUGCUGUCUUCUCAAGCAUCAGGAUUUAGGUCCCGUGGCUCUCUCACUCGUCAAUCAGAGCACUCUGGGGGUGGAGCAAGGAAAGCAGAGGUCGCUGCCCAAGUCUGUUACCAAUGUGUGCCGCAUGGUUUACCAGGCAAAGUGCUCCUUAAUUAGGACCCACCAGGAACAGGGACGCUCCUACAAGGAGGUCUGUGCUCCGGUGAUCGAGCGGCUCCGCUUCCUGUUUAACGAGCUGCGGCCCGCGGUCAGCAACCACCUCUCAAUCAUGUCCAAGCUGAGGCUUCUCAGCUCCCUGCCGCGGUGGAAGAGAAUUACACAAAAGCUGAUCCGGGACAGGAGGAGAAAGAGAGGGCCAAAGAAAUCGGAAUCUGCAGAUGUAGAGGAAUCUAAAAUUGAAAAUGAAGAGACCAAUUCAGAAGUUCCUUGCGUGGUCCCAAUAAGUCCUACCUCCGCAGAUAAAAAGACAUUGCCAGUCAUAACACCCAAGGACAAGUGGCAGCCUUUACUGAGCUCUGUGGCCAGUGUGCACAGGUACAGGUGGCUGAAGCACAGCGUUCAAGGCGUGCUCCCUCAGUCUGCACUCAUGGCUACCAUUGUUGAAUUUGCUCUGAAAGAGGAGCCGUUGGAUGUAGAGAAAAUGAGGAAAUGUCUUUUGAAACAGCUGGAGCGUGCUGAAGUGCGGCUGGAGGGGAUUGACACCAUGCUGAGACUCGCCUCGAAAAGCUUUCUACUCCCGUCCGUGCAGUACGCCAUGUUUUGUGGUUGGCAGAGGCUUGCUCCUGAAGGGAUCAGUAUAGGGGAGCCCCUGUCUGACUGCCUGAAGGAUGUGGCUCUCAUCCCCCCUUUUAACCGGACGCUGCUGGAAGUUACUUUCGGCAAGCUGUAUGCGUGGGCGAUCCAGAACGUGCGCAGCAUCCUGCUGGCUGCCAGCACCAAGUUUAAAGAACUGGGUGUGCAGCCUGUUCCUUUGCAAACCAUAACCAAUGAAAACCCUGCAGGACCAAGCCUGGGCACUAUUCCGCAAGCACGCUUUUUACUGGUCAUGUUGAACAUGCUGUCCCUUAAACACGGAGCCAACAGCCUCAGCCUUCUCCUGAACUCGGGCAUGCUGGCCCUGACUCAGACCAUACUGCGGCUAAUAGGACCCAGCUGCACUGAAGAUGACAGUGGUUGUGUUCACGGGACCUCUGCCACUGUACUGGAGGAGUCAAGGAAGGAAUCAGCCCCCACUCCACUGCCGGCCUCUGGGCCCGAGCUCUCCACCAUGAUGAAAAUCGGGACGAGGGUCACCAGGGGGGUCGACUGGAAAUGGGGAGAUCAGGACGGCCCACCCCCAGGACUGGGGCGUGUGAUUGGAGAGUUGGGGGAAGAUGGCUGGAUCCGGGUGCAGUGGGACACGGGCAGCACCAACUCCUACAGGAUGGGGAAGGAAGGGAAGUAUGAUCUGAAACUCUCGGAGCCCCCGCCUGCUGCCCAGUCCACCACAGAGGACUCUGACACAGAGGACGAUGCUGAAGGGGAGUCUGUUGAAGGAAGCAUCCAUCCUACAGCUAUGAUGCAGACCAGCACUGUGAACCUCCUGAAGACAAUGGCGCUCUCUGCAGGAAUCCAUGCAGAGGUCAUGCAGACCGAAGCCAACAAGACACUAUGUGGCCUCCUCCGUGUUCUGGUGGAGAGUGGAGCAGCAGACAAAACAACGUGCGCCUCCAGUAAGCAGGUUUCCAGGGAGCAGCACAGAAGCUGGUGCACUUUGGGCUUCGUCCGCAGCAUUGCGCUGAUGCCUCAGAUGUGCAUCGCUCUCAGCACUUCUCAGUGGAUCAGCCUGCUCAUCAAGAUUGUGGAAGGCCAUCAGUCUUUCACUGCUGUGACACUGCAGAGACAGAUCCUAGCGCUGCGUUUACUGCAAGCUGUCCUACCCUCCUGGGACAAAGCAGAGCGGUCGCGCGACAUGAAAUUCCUGGUUGAAAAGCUGUUUGGUUUUCUUGGCAGCCUGCUCAGCACCUGCUCCUCAGACCUGCCUCUCUUGAGAGAAGGCUCCCAGAGAAGGAGGAAAUCCCGGCCUCAGGCAUCGCUGACUGCCACUCACAGCAGCACUCUAGCAGAGGAGAUUGUGGCUGUGCUGAGGAGCCUGCACUCCCUCAGCCAGUGGAACGGACUCAUCAACGAGUACAUCAACUCCCAGCUGGACUGCAUUGGUGACGUCAUGGCAGGGAGGCAGACAAGGGGGACCGCUCUGGAAGACUAUUUCCCAGACUCGCAAGACCCUGGUGUGGGCAGUCUGAUGGCGGUGCUGGCAGUGAUUGGCGGGAUAGAUGGCCGCUUGCGCCUGGGGGGUCAGGUGAUUCAUGAGGAGUUCGGAGAGGGGACAGUGACCCGCAUCACCCCCAAGGGAAGAAUCACCGUCCAGUUCCACGAAAUGCGAACCUGCAGAGUCUGCCCAUUGAGUCAGCUCAAACCGCUCCCAGUGGUUGCAUUCAGUGUGAAUAACCUGCCUUUCAGUGAGCCAAUGCUGGCCAUCUGGGCUCAGCUCGUCAACCUGGCAGGAAGUAAAGUGGAAAAGCAGCGAAUGAUGAAACCCCCGAGUCGAGGCCUCACAGAUCAAGUUGACUUGCACGUGCUCAGAUGUCAGCAGCUGAGAUUAUACAUCCUGAAGGCGGCCCGAGCUUUACUUUCCCAUCAGGAUAAACUGAGACAGAUCCUCUCCCAGCCUGCUGUGCUGGAACUAGUACCAGCUCCCAGUGAAGAUGGAGUGGUGUCCUCCCCUGAUGCAGACCUGUCUCCAGAGGACCCCCUGCCUCCACUGAUCCUGCUCCAGCAGCUACUCUCUGCAGCCACACAGCCUUCCCCAGUCAAAGCCAUAUUUGACAGACCAGAGCUUGAGGCUGCAGCCCUUGCUGUAUGUCAGUACCUGGCGGUGGAGUCCACACACCCCUCGUCUCCGCUCUUUGAUGACAGCAGUUCCAGUGAAGCCACCACCCCAGUCACAGUGCAGCAAGUCCUGCCCCCCAAGCAGAAAAAGCACAAGGUGUCUCCAGUCCCACCCCUGCCCCUCGUGGGCCAGCUGAUGGAAAUGGGAUUCCAGAGGAAGAAUAUUGAGUUUGCCCUGAAGUCCCUGUCGGGAACCUGUGGAAGUGCGUCCGGAGUACCAGGUGUGGAGGCUCUGGUGGGCUGGAUGCUGGAUCACCCCGAUGUGCAGAUCACGGAGCUCUCCGACGUGGACACUGUGUCUGACGAAUUCUCUGAUGAGGAGAUCAUAGAAGAGCUGGAAGAGCCAGAGGCUGCCUUUGCUGUGCCAUCUGGUGCUGUUGUCACAGAGAGCCAGACCUACAAGAAGCGGUCAGAUUUUCAGAGCAAUGAUGAUUACGCAGUGUACGUGCGAGAGAGCAUUCAGGUAGGCAUGAUGGUGAGAUGUUGCAGAACGUAUGAAGAAGUUUAUGAAGGGGAUGUGGGGAAGGUCAUCAAGCUGGACCGAGAUGGGCUCCAUGACCUGAACGUACAGUGUGACUGGCAGCAGAAAGGAGGCACAUACUGGGUGCGCUACAUCCAUGCUGAACUCUUAGGUUUCCCACCACAGAGUUCUCCUUCCCACGUAAAGAUUGGCGAUAAGGUUCGAGUCAAAGCUUCAGUUACGACACCAAAGUAUAAAUGGGGCUCCGUAACUCACAGGAGUGUAGGCGUUAUCAAAGCUUUCAGUGCCAAUGGAAAAGACGUGAUUGUGGAUUUCCCUCAGCAGUCUCACUGGACUGGUUUGCUGUCUGAGAUGGAGCUGGUGCCCAGCAUUCAUCCUGGAGUCAGGUGUGAUGGCUGUCAGAUGUUCCCCAUCAACGGGCCUCGCUUCAAGUGCAGAAACUGCGAGGAUUUUGAUUUUUGUGAAAACUGUUUCAAAACCCGAAAGCACAACACGAGGCACGCUUUUGGCAGGAUAAACGAGCCAGGGCAAUCCCCUGUGUUUUGUGGGCGUUCUGGCAAGCAGCUGAAACGCCAGCACAGCAGCCAGCGAGGAAUGCUGAUUGAUGAGUGGUCGAGAGUGGUGAAGAAUCUCAGUGUGUCUUCCUCUGUGGAUCAAGCUUCUCGUCUCAUCGACAGCAGUGAGCAGUGCUGGCAGUCGUCUGGAUCACAGGGCAAACACUGGAUUCGCCUGGAGCUCUUCCCUGACGUUCUAGUUCAUAGACUCAAGAUGGCUGUGGAUCCAGCAGACAGCAGCUACAUGCCCUUGCUGGUUGUGGUUUCAGGUGGGAACUCCCUGAACAACCUAAUUGAGCUGAAGACAAUCAACAUUAACCCGACAGACACCACAGUGCCCCUGCUGAAUGACUGCACAGAGUAUCACAGGUACAUUGAGGUUGCUAUCAAGCAGUGCAGGAGCUCCGGGAUAGACUGCAAGAUCCACAGCCUGGGAGUAGUGGGGCGCUUCCGAGCAGAGGACGAAGAUCUGGUCACCGUGCCGUUCCUGGCCUCCGACAACGAGUCGGACGAUGAUGACAAGACCACCACUGGCAGUCUUGUAAAGAAGAAAUCCGCAGGGCUGGAAUGUGCUGCGACAAUCCGAACUAAAGUCUUUGUUUGGGGUCUGAAUGACAAAGACCAGCUUGGAGGACUCAAGGGAUCUAAGAUUAAGGUCCCGUCAUUUUCAGAAACCCUCUCUGCAUUAAACGUGGUGCAGGUGGCUGGAGGCUCAAAGAGUUUGUUUGCAGUCACUGCAGAGGGCAAGAUGUAUGCCUGUGGUGAAGCGACCAAUGGGAGGCUUGGGCUGGGGAUUUGCAGUGGAACCAUCCCCACUCCCCGACAGAUCAGCGCUCUCAGCAACUACAUCGUGAAGAAGGUAGCGGUGCACUCUGGGGGGCGCCAUGCAAUGGCUCUAACUGUGGAUGGGAAGGUCUUUUCUUGGGGUGAAGGGGAUGAUGGGAAGCUUGGACAUUUCAGCAGGAUGAACUGUGACAAACCUCGCCUCAUCGAGGCCUUGAAGACGAAGCGAAUCCGGGACAUUGCCUGCGGCAGCUCUCACAGUGCUGCCAUCACCUCCAGUGGGGAGCUGUACACCUGGGGCCUGGGGGAGUACGGAAGGCUGGGCCACGGGGACAACACAACACAGCUGAGGCCUAAACUGGUGAAAGUGGUUCUGGGACAUCGAGUUAUUCAGGUUGCUUGUGGAAGCAGAGACGCACAGACACUGGCAUUAAGUGACGAAGGCCUGGUGUUCUCCUGGGGAGAUGGGGACUUUGGCAAGCUUGGCCGAGGGGGGAGUGAAGGGUGCAACGUCCCGCAGAACGUCGAGAGGCUCAACGGACAGGGGGUGUGCCAGAUUGAGUGUGGAGCUCAGUUCUCCUUGGCACUCACCAAGACAGGAGUGGUGUGGACAUGGGGCAAGGGAGACUAUUUUCGGCUUGGCCAUGGGACUGACGUCCAUGUUCGCAAGCCGCAGGUAGUGGAAGGUCUCCGUGGGAAGAAGAUUGUCCAUGUGGCAGUCGGGGCUCUGCACUGCCUAGCUGUCACAGAGGCAGGGCAGGUCUAUGCUUGGGGCGACAAUGACCACGGACAGCAGGGGAACGGGACCACCACAGUCAACAGGAAGCCCACGUUGGUGCAUGGGCUGGAGGGGCAGAAGAUCAGCCGUGUGGCCUGCGGCUCCUCCCACAGCGUGGCCUGGACCACAGUAGAUGUAGCGACACCGUCCGUGCAUGAGCCGGUCCUCUUCCAGACAGCCAGGGAUCCUUUAGGAGCCUCCUAUUUGGGUGUUCAGUCAGAUACAGACUCUUCCACAGUCAGCAAUAAAAUCAGCGGGCAAAACAAUUCCAAAGUGAAGCGCCCAUCUCUGGCUAAGAUCCUGCUCUCCCUGGAUGGGAACCUCUCCAAACAGCAGGCUCUGUCCCAUGUCCUCACUGCUUUACAGAUCAUGUAUGCCAGGGAUGCAGUUGUGGGUGCCCUGAUGCCUGCCAGUAUGAUUGCUCCCGUGGAAUGCCCUGCCAGCUCCCCAGUCCCUCCCUCGGAGUCCUCCACAGCAUCCAGCCCCUCUGAGGGGGAGGGUCUCCCAUUCCUUACAGAGACAGAGGAGAGGUUGAGCCCAAACCCCUGGCAGGACAGGAGGGGGGAGGUUGCUUGUUCAGAAGAUGCAGGAACCCCUUCUUCAGCAGCAACUCCUUCUGCUUGUGCUGCGUCUUCACGACCGUUUAUUCCAGUAACAGAUGACCCCGGCGCCGCCAGCAUCAUAGCUGAGACCAUGACAAAAACCAAAGAGGAUUCUGAAAGCCACAGUAAAACGGCUGGCGCAGAGCCCCAGUACCUGGAUGAAUUCACAAGCCUGCUGGUCCCCGAUGACACGCGGGUCAUGGUGGACCUGUUAAAGCUAGCUGUGUCCGCACGUGCCGAGGAGAAAGGGAAGCAGGUGCUGUCUGCCGUGCUGUCCGGAAUGGGCACUGCUUAUCCACAGGUGGCUGACAUGUUGCUGGAGCUGUGUGUCACAGAGCUGGAAGAUGUGGCUUCAGACUCACAGAGUGGGCGUCUUUCUGCACAGCCAGUGGUGGUGGAGAGCAGCCAUCCCUACAUUGACGACACCUCCACCAGUGGCACUGUUAAAAUACCAGGUGCUGAAGGCCUCAGAGUGGAGUUUGACCGUCAGUGCUCUACAGAGAGACGCCAUGAUCCACUCACUGUAAUGGACGGUGCCAACCGGAUCGUGUCUGUCCGAUCAGGUCGAGAGUGGUCGGACUGGUCCAGUGAACUCCGUAUUCCUGGUGAUGAACUGAAGUGGAAAUUUACCAGUGAUGGUUCUGUGAAUGGCUGGGGUUGGCGCUUCACAGUGUACCCGAUCAUGCCUGCUGCAGGCCCAAAGGAUCUGCUGUCUGACCGCUGCAUUCUGUCCUGCCCCUCAAUGGACUUGGUAACCUGUCUCUUAGAUUUCCGUUUCAACUUUGCCUCAAACAGGGGUAUAGUUCCUCGCCUGGCAGCCUCACUGGCAGCUUGUGCACAGCUAAGUGCCCUUGCAGCCAGCCUCAGGAUGUGGGCCCUGCAAAGACUGCGCAAGCUGCUGACGACGGAGUUUGGACAAUCCAUCAACAUCAACAGGAUCCUGGGAGACGGAAACGGGGAGCCUCGCUCUAUGAGUUUCACCGGAAGUGCUUUAGCUGCUCUGGUGAAAGGACUUCCCGAAGCUUUGCAGCGGCAGCAUGAAUAUGAAGAUUCCAUCGUGCGAGGUGGCAAGCAGCUGCUUCACAGCCCCUUCUUUAAGGUGCUGGUAGCUCUCGCGUGUGACUUGGAGCUGGACACUCUCCCUUGCUGUGCAGAAACCCACAAGUGGGCCUGGUUUAGAAGAUACUGUAUGGCGUCGAGGGUGGCUGUCUCACUUGAUAAGAGAACUCCUCUUCCACGGCAGUUCCUUGAUGAGGUGGCCAAGAAAAUCCGAGAGCUAAUGGCAGACAAUGAAAACAUGAAUGUGCUCCAUGAAAACCACGAUGUGCACAAGAGAGAGCAAGACGAGCAGCUGGUGCAGUGGAUGAACAGGAGGCCUGAUGACUGGACUCUAUCAGCUGGAGGAAGUGGCACUAUCUACGGGUGGGGUCACAACCAUCGAGGUCAGCUAGGGGGCAUUGAAGGGGCAAAGAUCAAAGUGCCGACUCCGUGUGAGGCUCUAGCCACUCUGAGGCCAGUGCAGCUCAUUGGUGGGGAGCAGACUCUGUUCGCAGUCACUGCCGAUGGAAAGCUCUAUGCAACAGGCUAUGGGGCCGGUGGAAGGCUGGGGAUUGGAGGCACAGAGUCGGUGUCCACACCCACCCUGCUCGAGUCCGUCCAGCACGUCUUCAUAAAGAAGGUGGCGGUGAACUCCGGCGGCAAGCACUGCCUGGCAUUGUCAUCCGAAGGAGAGGUGUAUUCCUGGGGGGAAGCCGAGGACGGCAAACUGGGCCAUGGGAACAGGAGCCCCUGUGACCGUCCUCGUGUGAUCGAGUCCAUGCGUGGUAUUGAGGUGAUUGAUGUUGCUGCGGGAGGAGCACACAGUGCCUGUGUCACAGCCACCGGGGAGCUGUAUACCUGGGGCAAGGGCCGCUACGGGCGCCUGGGCCACGGGGACAGUGAGGACCAGCUCAAACCCAAGCCGGUAGAGGCUCUGCAGGGCCACCGCGUGGUCAAUGUGGCUUGUGGCAGUGGAGAUGCACAGACCCUGUGUCUGACGGACGAUGACACUGUCUGGUCUUGGGGAGAUGGAGACUACGGCAAGCUGGGGCGGGGAGGCAGCGAUGGCUGCAAGGUCCCGAUGAAGAUGGACUCUCUCACUGGCGUUGGAGUUGUAAAGGUGGAAUGUGGAUCUCAGUUUUCUGUAGCUCUUGCCAAGUCUGGAGCUGUGUAUACAUGGGGCAAAGGAGACUACCACAGGUUGGGCCAUGGCUCUGAUGACCAUGUGAGGAGACCGCGACAGGUCCAAGGACUGCAAGGGAAGAAAGUCAUUGCUAUUGCCACAGGGUCUCUUCACUGUGUAUGCUGCACAGAGGAUGGAGAAGUGUACACUUGGGGGGACAAUGAUGAGGGACAGCUUGGAGAUGGAACCACCAACGCUAUCCAGCGCCCCCGCCUGGUGGCAGCUCUGCAGGGGAAGAAGAUUAACCGUGUGGCCUGUGGCUCGGCUCACACUCUAGCCUGGUCCACCAGCAAACCUGCCAACGCUGGGAAGCUCCCUGCUCAGGUUCCCAUGGAGUACAACCAUCUCCAGGAGAUCCCAAUCCUUGCACUGCGGAACAGGCUGCUGCUGCUGCACCACAUCUCGGAGCUCUUCUGCCCAUGCAUCCCCAUGUUCCACCUGGAGGGACGUCUGGGCGAGGCUGGCCAAGGGCCUUCCGUCGGCUUUCAUACACUACGUGGGAUACUGAUCUCACAGGGCAAGGAAGCUGCAUUCCGCAAGGUUGUCCAGGCAACCAUGGUGAGAGAUCGGCAACAUGGACCGGUUGUUGAGCUGAACAGAAUACAGGUGAAGCGCUCCAGGAGUAAAGGGGGCUUAGCUGGUCCAGAUGGCACAAAGUCUGUAUUCGGACAAAUGUGUGCCAAAAUGAGCUCCUUCAGUCCGGACAGCCUCCUCCUUCCUCACCGCGUCUGGAAAGUCAAGUUUGUGGGGGAGUCUGUGGAUGACUGCGGAGGAGGCUACAGUGAGUCCAUUGCAGAGAUGUGCGAGGAGCUGCAGAACGGCCUGACUCCUCUGCUGAUCGUCACUCCCAACGGCAGGGAUGAGUCUGGAGCCAACCGGGACUGCUUCCUGCUGAACCCGGCAGCCAAGUCUCCUCUUCACAUGAACAUGUUCCGCUUUCUGGGUGUGCUGCUCGGCAUUGCCAUCCGCACAGGCAGUCCUCUGAGUCUCAGCCUGGCUGAACCUGUCUGGAAGCAGCUGGCAGGGAUGAGCCUCACGAUUGCUGACCUCAGUGAGGUUGAUAAAGAUUUUAUUCCCGGGCUCAUGUACAUCCGAGACAACGAGGCGACAGCUGAAGAAUUCGAAGCCAUGACCCUUCCAUUCACUGUGCCAAACUCUAGUGGACAAGACAUUCAGCUGAGCUCCAAGCACUCGCACAUAACACUGGGGAACCGUGGCGAGUAUGUGAGAUUAGCAAUACAUUACAGGCUCCGGGAGUUUGAUGAGCAGGUCUCUGCAGUCCGAGAGGGAAUGGCCCGCGUCGUUCCUGUGCCUCUUCUUUCCCUCUUCACCGGAUAUGAGCUGGAAACAAUGGUGUGUGGCAGCCCGGACAUCCCUCUACAUCUCUUGAAGUCAGUUGCUACGUACAAGGGUGUGGAGCCCACUGCUCAUUUGAUCCAGUGGUUCUGGGAGGUGAUGGAGUCUUUCUCCAACACUGAGAGGUCCCUGUUUCUGAGAUUCGUCUGGGGCAGGACCAGGCUGCCCAGGACAAUUGCAGACUUCCGGGGGCGAGACUUUGUUGUUCAGGUGCUGGAUAAAUACAACCCUCCUGAUCACUUCCUGCCAGAGUCCUACACGUGCUUCUUCCUGUUGAAGUUGCCCAGGUACUCCUGUAAGCAGGUGCUGGAGGAAAAGCUGAAGUACGCCAUUCAUUUCUGCAAGUCCAUUGACACCGAUGACUACGCACGCAUCGCACUGAGUGGGGAGCCGGCUGCAGACGACAGUAGCGAGGGCUCGGACAAUGAGGACGCUGAUUCCUUCGCUUCGGAUUCCACGCAGGACUACUUAACUGGGCACUGAGAGAGUAUCUCCCAGUGGAAGAGGAAAUCACAGGACUGCUUAACUGGGCACUGAGAGAGUAUCUCCCAGUGGAAGAGGAAAUCACAGGACUGCUUAACUGGGCACUGAGAGAGUAUCUCCCAGUGGAAGAGGAAAUCACAGGACUGCUUAACUGGGCACUGAGAGAGUAUCUCUCAGUGGAAGAGGAAAUCACAGGACUGCUUAACUGGACACUCAGAGUAUCUCCCAGUGGAAAAGGGAAUGAAUCGGAGAAGUGAAAACCAGACGAGAACCAGGGGAACGACAACUUCUGUUUUAACCGCACUAAAUAUUAUUUAUUACUUUAUACACAGUUGGCUAAUAAUCCCGUAAGACAUAUGUGCAAUUAGCUAUAACAGCACUGUAUCCUGGAGAAAAUAGGUUUUCUUUUGAAUUCGUUUAAAAAAAAAAAAAAAAAAAAAAAAAAAAAAAAAAAAUGUAUAUUUUUGUGUUUACUAAUGUCAUGUAAAUGUUUCUAUUUUAAGUAAGCAGUGCAACAUGUAACACAUGGCAUUUAGCCUGGCACUGUGGUAGACGAUUAGAAACAUGUGCUGUGCCCUUCAUAUUAGUUUGUUGUAUAGUGGAGAUAAUAUGCAACAUAUGAGUUUUAUUUUAAAUAUUUCUUUGACGGUAAUAGCAGUGUUUCUUUAGAACAACCUUUUUUGAUUGACAGGAUCAGUAUUCCUUAAAAUACUUCUACUCUCAUAACACAGCCUGCUAAUGUGUCAUUUUAGUGUCUUUAUUAUGUGUCUUUAAUUACCUUCACAAGCGUAUGCGUGCACACUGUAGUCAUUCGGAAAUGUAUAUAUAAUGAUUGUGCCAUGUAUCCACCACAAGCAUCUCAUUUACCUGUGAAUAAACUUCAACUGAAAGUGA